CCCUCCCCCUCUCUCUCCCUCGUUACGUCAGAUCCUCCAUUCGCAGCGGUGAAUGUUAUUGCAGAAGAGCUAACGGCUAUCUGCUGAACGACUUCGCUAACUUCACUAAGCCAAAGUGUCUAAGCUCAGAUACACCUCAGAACGUGAGGGUGAUCUGAUCCCAUCUAAAUCCAGCUCCUGAGCAGCAGCAUGUCCAGCGACCCCCCGCCACCCUACCCAGGGGGCCCCAGUGCCCCUCUUAUAGAGGAAAAGAACGGACAGCCUACAGUCUCUGGUUCAGCCCCGGUGAUGAGCGAACCCCCACACGGACACCUGCUGCCUCCAGAGUAUGGCCCUCCACCUUACGAGGCCACCAUGCAGCCUGGCUUUGUGCCCCCACACGUCCCAGGUGAGGGUCCUAUGCCCAUGCCACACCUGCAUGCUGGCUUUCACCCUCCACCUGGACACUUCCCCCACCCCAUGCCGGGGCAGUUUGCUCCAGGGCCUAGUCACUGUGGCCCAUCUAUGGGACACACGGCCACAGUGAUCGGUCCUCUGGGCACAGCUACUACGGUGACUGUGCUGCAGGGUGAGAUGUUCCAGUCAGCCCCGGUGCAGACGGUCUGCCCUCACUGCCAACAGGCCAUCGUCACACGAAUCAGCCAUGACGUGGGCCUCAUGAACACUCUCUUCUGUCUGUUCUGCUUCUUUGUGGGCUGUGAUCUUGGCUGCUGCUUGAUCCCGUGUCUGAUCGAUGACCUCAAGGACGUGACGCACACUUGCCCCAACUGCAAGGGCUACAUCUACACAUACAAGCGCAUCUGCUAACAGCAGCGUCCCCCGGCUGUCUCACCCUGGAUGCACUCACACACCACUCUCAACACGCUGUUUUUCUCUUUCCCUUUUCCGCGCUUCAUUUCCCUCAUCUAUUUCCAUUCUGUUCUUGUUUUUACUACCUGCACAUCCUCUAAUGACUGUAUAUAACUAUUUAAAUGACUUAGAGUUAGUGCUACUACAAAAUGAAUUUAAAAAUAUAUACUAGAUAAUUAGAAGACGCAAAAAAAAGAAGGGAUGAUGACGGUACAUUUUAUAUAACUAAACGGAAGCAUUUGUUGCUCGUCAUGAAAGUGCUUUUAGGAUUUUAGGUUAGUGGUGAAGUCACUUGAUCUGAUGUAGAACUGAAGUCCAUUUCAGAGUGGAUAUCAUUUUUAUUGUAAUGAUUUUAUUCUGAUGUUCUGUAUAAUUCUACUAGCGCGCUAACGUGAAGGAUUUUCAUGUCCGUGUCUGUGAAAAAUGACGGCCAAGGAUUACGGUUUUAGUUGUAGGAAACCGUUGCUCCUUUUACACACCAACACUCACGCGGUUCUCUUCUCACAGCGACGGAACGUUCCGGCCAUUUUUGUAAUCAGGGCUAGUUUUGCGUUCAGGCGAUUCAUCAUACUCGGUUCUAGUACACGGUCGUGUUGAUUGUGCAAUUUUACAUGAAUAUUUCCAAAAGAAACAUAAUGCAAAUAUCCACAUCGAUUUUCCUUUAUAAUAAAUAAAUAAUCGUUACAUCUGAAGCUAGGUACGUCGUCUACUGCUGCGUCUGCCGUCUUACCAAACUGUGAAUGUUGUUCUAAAUAACUCUACUGCUCCUUCAUCUGUACGGUGAAGCGCUUCGGUGUUGCUGCUGAGCCUCGACGUGCACGUUCACAUUAAUCUGGUUCCGGAAAGGGUUCAGUAAACAUGGUGCAGCUCAGGACAUCCGCUCAAUCACAGGCUUUUACAUCAUUUACUCUGAUACAAUCGAUAGGAAAGAGCAUGUCUGAGGAAGAAGGUGAUCAUCAAACGCUGGCGUUCUGGAACAUCUCUGUAGUCCGACCUCCUGAAAGCAGGUCAUUUCUUUAUCUUUAAAUGAUCAGUCUUUGCUUCAGUCAGACCCAGUUUUACAGACCUGUCCAGCUUUCACCUCCUUCGCUCGGUCCGUCUCUGAGUAUUUAAAUAUCGGCACGAACACGAAGCAAACAAUCUAUUAUGAAAAGCGUAUGCAUGCUCCUCUGAAUUGGAGCUGAUUCCCUUUAAUGCAACUUUCUUUUGAACCUCAUAGGCCUACAACGCUUUGCAAUGUGGCUUUUUGCUGUGAAAGACUGAAUAUACUGAAUAUAUGUAGAGCUUGUGUUCCAGGACCUUUAGAUCUAAAACUACCAGUAGUUUGUGGUAUAAUACAUCUGAACUGGAAUUGUCAUGUAAACUGACUGACUGUGUACGAUUAUUAUUCUGAGAAUAAUAAUAAAAUACUUGUAUCUUCUGCACUCA